ACAAGCGGCGAGCCAGUCACUGGUAGCUAAACAAACCUGUCACUGACUGGGGAAGGCGAGCCAAACAAAGCGAAUUACCCGUAUGGCCGUGUUAUCUAUUUCAUAAUGGCGAUAGUGAAGACGUGCAAAAGACAUGUACGUCUGCUGUGCCACCGCUUCAAUGGCGUCGAAGCUGAUGUGUUGCCGCAGAGAAGAGACAACAUGGGAAAACUGUAGCAACGCGCUCGGCAGAGGUCCACACUGACGCAUGAUGCACUGCAGUACUUUUUCAGAAAUGGGUGUUAGCCUCCUUAUUUCUAAAGCCGAACAUCUGAUUCGAGAUCGAUUUUGUUUUCUUUCGCUGGAGUGUUAAUUGAAUUAACAGACUCAAAUGACCAUCGCCGCUGACAAACUCCAACAUGGGGCCCAUCAUACAGGAGCGCGCAGCAUCCACGACACUGAAGCGCGUCGUUUCCAACGAGAAGAUCCGCGUAAAAAACACUGAAAGUAGCGGACCAAACACCAGUUUAAAGAAAGGUAAGCAGAUGAAGAAAGCUGUGGGCCAAGUGAAAGGUGGCCUGCCAGGACCAGGGCAGGACCAGAACAUCGUCGGAACAGUGCAGCGGGGUUCACAGCCGAGGAGUUUCAAGUUUAAAACUGGCACCUCUCGAAAUACAUGCAAACUCCCAAGCCCGGCAGAAGAGCGAGAAGCGAGAUCUCAACUUGGACAACAUUCGAGUGAGCAAAGAAGUGAGGAAAGGCGAAACCAUCAGCGGAUGUCACAAUGCAGCACCGAGCUCCAGCAGAAUCAGGGCGCGAUGGGCAAGAAUCGACGAGCGCUCUCUCUCCCCCUCUCCCCAAUAUCAGGGCUACGACACAUGCCGGGGCACCUGCUAACACAUUCCCCAGCCCCCAUACCAGAGGCCCUUCAGGAGCCCUACAAGCUCGACGACAGUGACAGUGCUAGUGACCUGUCUGACUCUGAGAGACUGCCUGUGCUGCCAUCGCCUUGUACUCCCCCUCAUCUCAAUCUCCGAGCUGAGGUUAUUAACUCGAACGACUUCCCACUGGACAUCCCGGGACAUCAUGGAAAUGUAGCUGAUGAUGACGAGAGUGAGACACCUAUCCACUGUUACCCAGACUUUCUUCCUCCACCUUUCAACACCUGGAGCCUUAGACAGCUCACACUGUUUCUUUAUACAGAGAGUCGUGGUGCUCCCAGGCCUAAACCGGUGGGGCCUUUGGAGAGAUUCCUGGAGAGAUUACUGCAGUUAGAGUGGCUCCAAAUUCAAACAGUUCAAGCUGAGAGCAACCACCCACCUGGGAGACACACAAGGCCUCAGGCAACAUCUGGUCACUCACCCAGACCACACACAGCUCCAUCAUCUCGACUGAACUCCCCAAAAGGGCCACGGCACAGCCAGCGAGCCUUCCCAUGUGUCAUCAAUCCCCUGUCACCAUCCUCUGCUGCUGCCCAGUCCCGCCUGCCAGUUUGCCCACAUUGUCACAUUCGCUACCCCUUGUGCAAUGGGAGUUGCUCCGCCUACGCCUAUCAGCGCCACUCACGUCUAAGCCCACUGCUAGAGCGUAGAACCCGACCAGGGGCGCCCGUGAAGAGGAGUUGCAGCGAGACGCAAGAAGCCACCAAAGAAUCAAGGAGCCAAGGAGCACAAGGUGGAGAUGGAGCCCAGAUCCCAGUGAGCCCCUCAGCAUGCAGGAGCCAUCUCAGGCACAUGCAUGCAGCAGGAAACGCUCGAAAACAACCCCAGGAAUUGGGAACAAACGCAAACGGUAGAGGUCAGGUGAGGAAAAGUCGAAUCAGAACCACCUCUGAGACCGAUGUUAAGAAGGAACCCGGUGUGGUUAAAGCAGCUGGUUCUGAGAAACAUACCUUAGGGGCAAGUAAGAAAGGGGCCAUCGCCUCGAAGAAAUUAGAAAACUGGCAGAGGACAGCUGCAGGAGGUCAGGCAACUAAGACCGCCAUGAAAAGUGCUGCUAAAGAGCCGCAGUCUCUUUCUAAAGCGCCAUCUAGUGGUGGAAAAACACAAAACGUCCAAUGUGCUGCAAAGUAACACAUUGGCCUAUAAGUGCUUUACUGUGGUCACUUGGCACUGGAGCUUGAACCUAUGCUUGCCCUCUGUGUAAUACAUGCGUGUUAUAAUGUUACACCUCUGUCAAAAUAACUUUCACGAAGUACCAUAUAAUAAUAAGAAUAUACGAAUUUCAAAGCACAACAUCAUAUGGAACAGUAAAUAAAGAUUAUAUAUAAUGUUGCCCUCUGUGCAGGGGGAGUUAUUAUUCUGUCUCUUCCUCAGAAAACGCAGCUUCAUGCAAAUUGAAACAGACUACACUGCAUAGUUAUUUGUUAUGCUACUAAUAUUUACAAAAGGCAUGAAAAUGGCAACUCGUUGCCAGCUUUCAAUUUAAGUAAUCCAGGUUACCAGCUAUUGAUACAUAUACAUAAAUAUAUACAUAUUUUUUGUCACUGGAUAAUGAUCAUCAAUAAUCAUUACUGAUACCAAUUUGAAUGUAGGAAUGUUUUAGUUUAGUUGGUUUGCUUUUAUUCAUUUAUUUAUUGCUUGACCUUACUCUUUGGUGUGCCUCAUUUUAAGACUUGUUCUGUGUGUUCAUUGCAUCCUUGUCCGAGACGGCUUGCUAAUAAAUAGCAGCAUGCUGAAGGAAAGUGUGCUAGUUUCUCAUGUGCAAGUAGUUUUUGUUCAAAAGGGCUUGUGUAUUAAAGUGCAAAUGUCUUUGAAAAUGAGCUGUAUUUUGCAUAGAGCUGAGCUCUGAUGAAAUUAAUGACAGUAAUAUUUGCUGUGAAUGUAAAUGCAUAUUUUUCCAAAUUUUAUACACCAUAUUUAUGAAAUGUAUUGUGUUGGAAUUGUAUUUAUCAUUGUCAUUCUUAUGUUUACACAUCAUACA